AUGUUAUACCUUAUAAUCGGUGGAGCCAUUCGUGGACUCCAGUUCAUUUGGACAAUUAUUAAUUUAGGGCUCGCUGCUGGUCUUAUAGCAGAUUUGGACUAUGGUUACAGUCGGGUGGUGUACUCGCUAGUAAUCUCAGUCUUUACAAUUAUUUACUUAGUGGUAGUGAUGUUGCCAAUAUGCUUCCGGUUGGCGUCUCCUUUGGUGAUUUUGGUGUGUGAAUGCAUAUUCAUGAUUUUCUGGUUGGCGUCAUUUGCAGCAAUGGCCAAUGCGUUUGGUGAUGUGGAUUGUACGUACUUCAACCGGUAUUAUGACACCAAUCGGUGGUGCCUGUUGGGUAAGGCCAUGAUUGCGUUUGGUUUGUUCAAUUGGGUGUCGUUUUGCGUGUCGUUGAUCUUGCUUAUCAUUUUCACCGUUAUUCCGUUUGGAUAUCGUGAUAAUAACUUGAUGGCACGCAAUAGCUUUAAGAUGGGAGCCAUUUUCCCUGAGGUUGUUCCUUCUAAGGCCACGCAGGACGUGGAAAACCCCGUGGGUACCACUAGCAACGAGAUGGCUCCUGAGGCUUCGGGUGAGUCCAAAGAGGUUGAUAAGGUAGAAUCGCCCGCUACUCCAAUUGAUGCUACAUGA